CUGGCGCCGCCCCUUUGCUCCCUUGCGGCCAAAAGGCCCUGAAAUGCAGCCUUGAGGCGGGGCUGCCUGGAGCUGACGGUGCGGAGAAGGUUUGCAGGAGUUUUCCGGCCUGAAGGCUGCACGCCAGCGAGAAGCACCGCCAGCCCGGCAAGGCGUGCGCGGCAUGGAGCGCCUGGCCGGAGACUGACUCGAUCGCGCCUGCAAAGGGUUUGGAGCGCCCCUGCCCCGGCGCACCCGAUCCUGGAGCCACCAUGGCCAUAAGCCGGGCUCUGCUACCGUUUCUCAUGACUUGUGGCUUGCUAGGGGUGCAGCCGAACCACUGCCUGGAGCCCCAAACCCCGGAUUGGAGAAUGACCCUGAAGACCAUCCGGAACGGGGUCCACAGGAUAGACACUUAUCUGAACGCUGCGCUGGAUCUCCUGGGCGGAGAGGAUGGACUCUGCCUGUAUAAAUGCAGCGAUGGAUAUAAGCCUUUACCUCGCUAUGGCUAUAAACCUUCACCACCCAACGGAUGCGGUUCUCCCCUCUUUGGUGUUCAUUUUGACAUCGGCAUUCCUUCAAUGACAAAAUGCUGUAAUCAACAUGACAGAUGUUAUGACACCUGUGGGAACCAGAAAAAUGACUGUGAUGAGCAAUUUCAAUACUGCCUGUCUAAGAUAUGCCGAAACGUACAAAAGACAUUAGGAAUACCUGAGAGUGUAAAAGCAUGUGAAUCUACAGUUCAGCUGUUGUUCGAUGCAGUCAUACACUUAGGAUGCAAACCAUACCUCGAUAGCCAAAGAGCAGCUUGUAUGUGUCGGUAUGAAGACAAGAGGGACCUUUAAAGAUGCUUACAACUUGUUCGGGAUCAACCUUUGUUGCUAGUGUCCUUUUUAGUUUAGUUUUGUUUUUCAUUUGUUACAAAGCUGUUGGAAACACGUGAAACAGUGAUCUCCCUCAGAAGAGUGUUUUGUUUCGUAUAGCACUUCUUGCUUUCAUCAUCCCUUUUGGAUAGAUCCUUAAUUCUUAAGGAUGGUUUGUACAUGUUUUCUAAACUGACGCUAAUGUUUUCUGAAUUGGUUUUGGAGUGAUGGUAUUACUGUGAAUAAGUGCUGCUCUAAACUACUUGAAAUAUCUUAGUAGUGGUGGAGGAGAUGAACACCCACAAAAUUGUAUUGGGGGGAAAUAGUAGGUCAGACUUUGGUUUUGCCAGUGCUUUGUGUCUAUUUUUGUGCCUUUUUUUGUUGGCAAGCAAGAAAAUCUCAGAAGUUUGUUGUUUCUGCUUGCAAUCUUGUGUUUUACAUUAGUGUGACAGGCUUCAGUCUAGUUUCAAUAGAUUCUGUUUAGUUGCUAAUAUUCCCAGUAUGUCUAAAAAUGUUCAGUUGGAUGUAUUACUCCACUGCAAGUUGAGGAUAUGCAUAUCCUUGUAUGAAGGAGAAUCUCUUCUGAAGUGCCUGUACAAUUUAAACCAAAAGUUUGAAAUAUUUUUGAAAUAUUCAGUAGAUUACAUGUUGGCUUUCUAGAAUGUAUCUGCAGUUUCUCAAGACAGCAAAAUACAGCUUUCUUUAAACCAAACAGACAUUGAAUCAAACGUUUUAGACACAAAUAUAGUUCGUGCAAUAGAGGCCUCUUAAGACUAUUACAAAAAUAGAAUCUUAUUGGCUAGAAUAAACAAAAUAGAUGUAUUUUUUUCAAGUAUAAAACAUAUCGGUCCUUUUUUUAGCCCAUGCUCUUAAACACUAAAUACAAAAAAUAAUGAAAUGUGCUUCUAUCUGUGAAUUUCUUGCUCUCUGCAUGGGGAAAUGGGAAUACUUUUGAGUAUUGUACUAUGUCUUAUUUCCACUUGAUAUUUAAAUAAUUUUGCUCUGCACUUUUCCAUUGACCUUCAAAUAGAAAUUUAUUCGAUACAUUUCAUGUUCUUAUCUUCUACAUAUUAAAUAAAUUAAGUUAUUCCUCAGGAACCAUGGAACAAUCUAGCUCCAAAUUUACUAUGUCUAAUGCUGCAAUUGCAUGCAGUUGUAAGCCUUGUACUGAACACAGAAUAGUUUUCAGUAUACACGCAAAAAAUCAGGUUUCACAUUCCACUGAUCACAAUAGGCCUUAUAGUUGCAACUUACAACUGGUUUCAGUGGGACUUGGUUGUGGCUUAAAUUCAGCUAUAUUUGGACCAAGAGGAAUUGAUUUUAUGAAAGGUGAAUUUUUAACACUGAGCCUAACUGUCCCUCAGGAAUCUGAACACACAAACACUACAAGCUGUUAAAUGAAAUUACUUGAAAAGUGGUCUCCGAUAUGUCAAUGAAGGAUGAGGGAAUUUUAUAAGUGAAAAUAUAUGAAGUAGAACUGUAUCAGUUUGGUUUUAGAAAAAAAUAAAGAGCUGAAGCUGA